AUGUUCGAUUUUAGUCCAAUUGUUAGAGUCUUUUUAUAAAGGAACAAUACACCAGAUAAUAUAAUUAGAAAGGAAAAGUCCCAAGCCAUAAAAUAAAAAUUAAAUAAAUAAACUUUUUUUAACUUUAGAAAUAAAAUUAACCAUAAAUGCAUUAUCUAUUUUUAUUUAUAUAAAUAUAUUUAAAUAUAAUAUUUUUAUACUUUAUUUGUAUUCUGUGUAUAAAACUCCAAAUAACAUUCCAAUUAAAAAGGGACUAUACCUUACAUAAGGCUUAAAAUAGAAAUCAAUCAUUAAUUCAAGAUUUUUACUAUUAUCAAAUGUUGGCGAUAGUACUUGAUCUUGGUAAUUUUUAGAAUAAGCUAAGUAAUAACUUAAAGAUAUAGUGCCACCUAAAAGUAAAAAGACUAACAAAGAACCUAUUUUUGGCUAUUUAAAAUAUAUCCAAAGAAUUAAAGGAGUUAUUAAGUAAAAUUAAAAGUCAUUUGA